AUGGGCGCCCCAGCCAAAGGUAGAGGAUCCGCCUGGACGCCUCGAACUGUCACAGCCCCGAUUGCCGCUGUCAUAAUGGCUGGCCUUCUUUAUACAUACUCUGUUACCUCGAUCCGAGCCGCGAAACGAAAUGCCAAACUCCACAGAGAAGCUGAUGGCGGACAAUUGGACAUGCGGCGUGAAAGCUUGCGCAGGCACGGUCUUCUGGAGCCCGUCGAAGGCACAGAUGGUAUUGCAUUAUUCAGAGAUGCAAGAGCUGAAGUGAAACAAGAAUCCGAAGCGAAGCCGCUCGGCGCAGACCAAAGAAAAGAGGCACGCAAGCCCCGGACUAGGAAUGAAAAUAUCCUUGACGGUUAUCGAGGCCGCGGCGGUCUGGAGAAGUUCAAGGAGGACCGCUCGCAGUGA